AAUGCUGGACUUCUUGAACAAAUAAACUUCACAGUAAAUAUAAUUGAGUUGGUUGGUAUGUUUUUGAUUAAAAAUGUCACAUCUGUUGACUUAACCGAUACUACUCCUCCAUCUACACCACAACCCAAUUCAUCACAUACUCCUUCUAAACAUAGACGACCUUGGUUAGAACAUCAAAUUAUUGACAAUAAAAAUUUUAUGUUUUGUACUAUUUGCCAAAAAGCAAAAGGUAAUAGUUUAUGGGCAACAUCAGGAUGUGAUACUAUGAAAUUAGAAUUUGUUAAAAGAUACGAAAAUUCAGUUGAAUACAAAAAUUCUUUGCAAAUUCUUAAUCCAAGCCAAACUGGUAUUAAAGAGGAUGUAAAUCAAAUGUUAAGAAUGAGCAUGGAUAGUGUAGUUACUCAAAUGCGCAAUAUUUAUUUUUUUACUUCACAAAAUAUUGUUAUUAAUAUUUAUCCUGAUUUAGCUAAUUUAGUUAAUUAUCAAAAAGAACAUCCUACUUCUAUGUUUAAACAACAAAAAACAUCUAGAUCUAAUUAUGCAACAUAUACAAAUAAAGUUAAUGGACAUGAAUUAUUAGUAUUUUUAACCCGCCCAAUUGAAGAAGCAGUAAUUAAUGAAAUAAAAUCAUUAUCAUGUUGGAGUUUAUUAGUAGAUGAAAGAAUUACUGCAGUAUCUGAUACUUCUACAGAAUCAUUACUUGAAGUAAUUGAUUCAUUUAUUUUACAAAAAGGAUUACCUGCAAAUAAAUUAUAUCAUUUAGGAAGUGAUGGGGUGUCAAAUAUGACAG